GCGCAUGCGCAAAUUCCCCAGCUGUCCUCUUGUUGACAAUUCAUUUUGCUGUUCUGGUUACAUUUUUGUCGCUCCUGAAAUAAGAUGAUAACGCAACACUGGCGAAAUACCCACAAGGGAGUCGUCUUAAACUAGUACGACCGGUGUGAAUCAUGCUGAAGUGGUUCUCCAAUGAGGAGGGAGAGUCUGGCUCAGGAGUGCCAGGCUCUCCUCAAGGAGGAAGCAGACGUGGAGGGGUUGAAGAUGUCGAAAUAGCUGACAGACUAGUCCAAACGGAACAGCUUGUCACUCAGCUCAAAGAGCUUAUUCGGGAGAAGGAUGCAACACUUAGCAUGAAGAAUGAAGAGCUCAAGAUGGAGAAGGAGGCCUGCGAGUCAAAAUUAUCAAAGCUGCGUCUUCAAAACAAGGCCAAGGUGACCUCACUUACCACACAACUGGAAGAACUGAAGAAGCAGACAAGUGGUCAGGACACACCUACACACAGCAGAAAGGGUCCUUCAGAAGGAGGAGAGCAAGCCACUCGAGGCAAAAUUGUCUUGCUGAAGAAGAAAAUCGAGGAGCUGGAGCAGCACCUGGCAAAGAGUGAGAAAGAUAUCGAAAACAAGAGGACAGAGGUAGAAGCAUUGCGACUCCGAGGGGAAGAAAUGGAUGUUAUGCUGACAGAGAAGGACAGAAAGCUUGCAGAGAAAGAGGGUUACAUUAUUCACUUGCAAACAGCAUUGGUAGGGGAUCAGUCCAUCACAUCAACACAGCAAAAGGGACACCAAGACCAUGGUGCGAUGCAGGAGCUUCAGCAGCUAGUGCAAAGCCUGACCAAGAAGGUUGGAGAAGAAGAAGAACGUUAUAGUUUGCUCCAGGAGCAGACGGACAGCCUGAAGGAACUUCUGGACACAGAAAAGGACCAGUACAGUCAGAAAGAGAGCAUGUACAAACAGAAUAUCCAGACGUUCAAAGAGAUAAUUCUCCAGAAAGACAGUCAGCUGACAGAAAUCAACCAAAGGCAUGAACAGGAGCUCUUCAAACUAGCUGCAAAGUCUGAUGCCAGUGCUGAUCUUGAGCAGCUUUUGAAAGCCUUAAAACAGAAACUCCAUGAAAAGGAGGAGGUGCUCCUUGGUAAAACGCAGGUCAUUGAUGUCCUUCAGAAAGAGGUGGAUGGCAGGGACCAACAAAUAAAGGAGCUAACAGAGCGGAUGCGGAGACUACACAUUGAACGAGAGAGUAUUGAAUCCAAAAUGGAGGCAGAAAAACAUGUGAUGCGAGCCCAACUCCGUGACCUCAUGGAGAAGCAGCAAGUAGAGGUUCAACGAAUGUCAGAGAAGCACCAGGCACAGUUGACUCUAACCCAACAGGAUCUCUUGGCCCAGCUAGAUGAGCUGAGAAGGAAUUCAGUUGCACCACAAUCCGUCAGUCAAGAGCCCUUAAAACCUGAAAAUGCAUCUGGUUAUUCGGCCUCUCUCCAGAGGAUAGUGGAAUUAGAAGCCCAAGCAAAGCAGAAAAUUGAUGAAGCCAGCAGAUCGGAGGCCAAAUUUCUGAAAAUGAAAGCCUGGUCCAAAUCUCGAAUAAGGCAACUGGAGGACGAGCUGAAAAGAAGCCAGGCUGGCAUUGUUGCUCCUGAUAUGAUUGCCCUGCGAAGUCGGAUUACGGAACUGGAGGUGGAACUAGAGGAACACCUUUGGAAAGUGGAGCAGUAUGAUGAACUCAAAGCGAACAAUGACAUGUUAGAGGCUAAACUGGUGGUAUAUGAGGAGCAACAAAGGACACUGCAAGCAGACUUGGAACAAUUUACAAAGAGAGCAGCCUCCCAGGCAAGUGAGACCGGCAGUGCGGAUGAUCCUAAUAACCAGGUUUUGGAGUGGCAGGAGAUGGUAGAUGAGGCAGUCAGUGCAAGAGAUCAGGCCAGGGAAGAGAAAGCUGCCAUGGCACUUCGCAUUAGCCACAUGGAGGAAGAAAGAGAGGGACUGAUUGAGGAUGACUGGUUCUUUCCUGGCUGCUCCGAUCCAGCACUGGCCACUCGGCAGCAGGAGUUGGAGGAGGAGCUGGCUCAAGCUCAGGGGCUUCGCCAACACAGGGCCAAGAAGCAGGCUGUCACAGUCCAAAGAAGCCUACAGGAGGAUUUUGAAUUUGAUGGAAAAGCCCCAUUCCAGGACUACCAAAGCACCUCGGAGAGCACAACUCCAAUGGAAGGGGAAAACAUGGGAGGUUGGUGGCCUGAGUACAGUACUCCUGGCACAGACGGUUUACGAACUGUCGUCGAGGAGCUGGAGCUGGAAAGAAAUCAAUUACAAGAGCAGAUACUGAGCCUAGAAGAGCGUUGUGGAGAUCUAGAAGAUCGUCUACAGCUGCAAGCACGUAUUGAGACCUUACAGGUGACGUUUGAUGUAGAUGAAGAUGAGCAGCCACAAAGGGUCUCUCAGAAUGAGUCAGAUAAAUUACAGACUCAGCUUGCCAGCGUGCGUAGUCAGCAGAGCAGGGAAACAGAAAAACAUCAGCUGCUGGUUAGCAGUCUCAAUGAACAACUUAAAGGUCUCAGUGACACCCAAGAAUGCCUGGAAAGCUCACUCAUUGAGAAGGAGAACACCUUAGCCAAGACCUCAGAAAAACUUGAACUCAUCAACGGCCUCAAAGAAUCCCUGAGCGAAAAAGAGAUUCAGGUCAAAGAGAUGUCUGAUAAACUCCUUCAGACUGAGCAAGCUCUUGAGAAUGUUUCCAAGAAAAGCAAAGCCUCGGAGAAACACAUCUCUGAGUUAAAGGCAGAAGUCUUAGACCUCACACAGAAGCUGAGUGGGCUGAGAGACAAGACUCAGAAGCAAGACGACCUCAUAGGCACAUUACAAAAUGAACUUGACCAAACAAAUGAGGAAUUAGACAAAUUAAACAUAUCCCACUUGGAAGAAAGAGCCCAACUCAUUCAUGAUCUUCAAAGUUGCGAACGAGAAAUUGAUAACCUAAAAGAUAUUUUGUCGGAAAAAGACAAAGCACUCAAUGCCAACAUGUUGGAGUACACAGAACAGGUCACAGUUCUCAAACAAGAGCUUCGAAUUAAGGAAGAAAACCUGAUUCAAGUCGAAAAUGCACUGACAAAGGCAGAUCGAGAGGCCCGAAUUAUUAGAGACUCACAGACUGCAGAUCAGCAAGCCCUUAAUGAUAAGAUAGCGGAGCUGGUAGGAAAUAUGAAAGAUAUUGAGAUGGAAUUAGACAAGACCAAAGAAGAAAUCAAGUCUAAAGUAGCAGAGAAGGACAACCUAAUAGAGCAGGCCAAAGAGGAUAAGAAAACUAUUCAGGACCUCCAAGAAGAGUCUCGGAAACAGGUUGCGAGCCUUGGUACUCAACUUUCUGAAUAUGAAGGACACAUCUCUUCAUUGAGGGAACAGCUAACUGUAUAUACCCAAAGACAAAAAGAGUCAGAUGAACUCAUUUUCCAGCUCAAGGAAAUUAAUUCUAACAACGAGAAAAUUACAUUUGAUAAAGCAGAGACAUAUGAAAAAGAACUAAAAACGUUAAAGGAAGAAAAGAACAAACUCCUAUCUGAGGUGGAAAAAUACAAUCAUGACAUGGAGUUGUUGUCUAAAGAAUUAAAGGAACAAGCACAGAGCAAGGACAAUGUUCAAAAAGAGAAGGAGAAAAGCAUGGAAAUUAUAGCCUCACUGGAAAACCAACUGAAAGCAAAUGAGAAACAGGCAGCGGAUGAGAAACAGAGUUAUAGCGCUGAAUUGCAAAUUGCGGCGUCAGAAAAUCAAAAGCUGUCCAAAGAACUCAAUGACAAAAUUGAAAGUAUCUCCAAAAUGAAGGAUCUCUUAAACCAUAUGGAAUCUGAGAAGAAGCAGUUGCAAGGAAAGCUUGUAGAGAUCACUGAAAACCUUGAACUACAGAAUCUGAACGGAAAGCAACUAAGUGAAAAUGUUGCAUCUAGUCUUGAACUUAACAACAGUCUUAAGAGGGAAAUAGAAAAUUUAACACAAGAAAACAAAAUACUUGAAAUGGAAGUAACUGAAAGAGUAAAGACCAUUUCAGAAUUAAAAGCUGAACGAGAUUCUUUGCAUGCCAAACUAUCAAUAUUAGAAUCACAGCUUUCACAAAACAACAGGAUUAUUCAGGAACUUGAAAAAACUAAAGAAGAUUUAAUUUUACAGACUAAUAGUUUAAAGGCAACUCUUGAGCAAACCAUCAUCUCACACGAUGAGGUGGUUCUGGCAAAAACAAACGAGUGCAGUAAUCGCAACCAGCUACUCGGGGAGAAAGACAACUUGAUCACACAACUGCAAGGGCAGUUACAGGGCUACAUUUCUAAAAUAGAUGAACUGCACCUUGUUAUAAAUGAAAAACAGAAGAUUAUCUGUGAUCUUAAGGCCGAACUAGAGAUUCAAAAUUGCGAGCAAGUUCAACUUAAAGAAACAUUGUCUCUUUUUCAAGAGCAGGACUGCAGUCUGAAGUCUGGGUUAUUGGAAAAGGAUACAGUUUUGAGGGAAAAGCAGCAAGAGUGUCAAAGUUUGCAGAGUGAAAUUAUUUUCCAUAAGAAUUCUGUGUCUACGCUUGAGGAAGAAGUCGAGACACUUAGUUCAAAACACUCCCAGCUUUCCAGAGCUCUCGAAGAAAGAGAAAUUGAGAUUAAUAAUAUGGCACAACAGUGCCAAUUACACAAAGAUAACCUUGACGAUGUGAACGUGACUGUGAAAGCUCUAAAAAAUGAAAUAAAUGAAAUGGAAGAAAAGUCCAAAAAACUCAAAUCAGAAGCAGACUCUAAGGAAACUGAGUUGAGAACCCUUGAAAGAGAAUUGCACAGAAUGACAGAAGAGAACCAACAACUACAAACUGUUUUAAAAUCGCAAGAAAAUGAGCUUGCCAAGAAAAUACAAACUGUUUCAGAGCUCGACAGAGAGCUCAAAGUCAUUCUUGAGCAGAACUCCAGUCUUAGCAUGAAGAUAACUUGUCUCACAGAUGAAAAUGGACAGCUACAAAAAGAUUUGGCGCAGAACAUUUCAUUGGCCUCUGAAUUAAAAAUUGAGAUGAAUCUACUCAAAGUACAGAAAUCUGAAUUUGAAGAACAAUUGUCAAAUGAUAAAAAGAUCAUUAAUGAACUUUUAGAUGUCAAAAAUGAGCUUACUGAUUCAUUAAGCAAUGCAAAGACGGUCCUGCAUGAAAAGGAAAUGUCGAAUGAACAAAUUUUUCGUGAGAAAACAAAUGAAUAUAGCAUUCUUUCCAAAACACUGAAUGAAAGAGGUGAACACAUUCAGAAAUUGCAAGAGAAAAUAAAUGAUCUAAAUAAUCAAAUUAAAGAGCUAAACCACGCCUUGGCUGAGAAAGAAGAAAUCCUGUUGGAAAAGAAUUCCCUCAUUGAUGCUCAGCAGAUGGAACAACUGCAAUUGCAGGACACAAUAUCCAUGCUUCAAGAACAGGAAUGUGUCCUAAAGAAAGGACUACUCGAAAAGGAUGCAGUGGUUCAGCAGAGAUCGGUUGAAUGUAUCGGUCAUCAGAAAGAAAUCACCUUGCAGAAAGACCUUGUGUCGCAGAUGCAGUGUGAGGUUGAAUCAUCCCGGUGUGAAUACUUGACGACAAAGCAACAAUUAGAAGAAAAGGAACAUAUAUUAAAAGAUAUAACAAGUGUUUGCGAACACCAAAAAGAAGAGCUAAAAGAACGUAGCGAAUCCAUGAUUAAACUCGAGAGUCAGAUUCUAGCCAUGAAAGAAAGCUUAGUCGAGAUGGAAAUUAAAAUGACCAACUCGAAGGGUUCCAUAGAAAUGCUUUCUUUGGAAAAUAGUCAGCUAAUCCAAGGGAAGGAGCAAAUGAAAGCUGCGGUAAUUGAUUUAAAAGAUGCAAUUCAAGCACUGAACAACGAGAAUUCAAGAUUAAAAUCUGAUCUUGAGAAAUCUUUUGCCGAGCUUUCUGGAGUGCAAGAAGAAGUAGCGCAUCUAAAAACGGCCUUUAAUGAUGGGAAACUGCAACUGAAAACUGCACAGUCAGAGACUGAGCAUCUUAAUGUAACCAUCCAAAGAAAAGAUGACUCCCUGAAACAACUUGGUACAAGGGUUUCUGAACAGGAGGAGCAGAUUAAGGAGAAAGAUCAUGAAAUGUUUAGUUUAAGGGUUCAAGUUACAGAGCUCGGAGAUUCCGUCUGCAAACUCAAAGAUCAAGUCCAAAGUCUUACUUCAGAGUCAUCCGCAUUAAAAAAUAUAUUGGAGAGAAAGGAGCAGUCUAGUCUUGAAAAUCAAAGGAACAUCUCAUUAGUAAAUGAAAAUUUGACCGUAAAUCUUCAAGACAAGGAAAGAGAGUGUGAGAUGUUAAAAGAACAGAUUUCACACCUGGAAGAAUACACUUAUAAGAUUAGCAAUACUCUUCAAAUACAGUCAGUAGAAUCAAUCAAUCUGAAAAAAGAACUUGAAGAAAGAGAAAAUAGUCAAAUGGAACAAUCACAAUCCCUUCAAGAUUUACAGAGAACAGCCGAUGAGUUGCUGCUCUUCAAAACUCGGUUCAUGGAAAGCAACGAGUUGGUGACAAAGCUGCAGAGCCAAAUGCAGAUGCUCUCUGCCGACGCGGCAAACCACAAAAAAUCAGCUGAAGAAAUACAAAGUGCCUUCAUUAACCUGCAAGAGAAAUAUGCAUCCAAUUUGGAAGAUUUGCAGGACAUGAGAAGACAACUCUCUCAAAGGACCGAUGAAGUGUUAACUCUUAAGUCCUCAACAGAUGAACAUGAGACAGCCAAGACCACCAUAGAAACUUUGAGAGGUGAUCUGUCUUCAAUCCGAGAUCAACUUGAGAAGACACAGACCUUAAAUUCUAAGCUAUCAAAAGAAAAGGAUGAAGCAUUUGCCUCUCAUCAAGCAAGUGUUUCUCUUUGGAAAAUUGAAAUCGAAAGACUAAAAGCUGAUCAUCUUCAAGCAGUGGCGCAAAUGAAUGCGUUGACGGAAAACCUCGAGCAGAGAGAAAUGGCUCUACAUGCGAUUAACAAUCAAUACACAGCCCAAGCCAAACAUACAUCUCACCUCAUUGCUGAAAUACAAAAACUGGAAUUGCAAAAUAAGAAGCUCAGUGAAGAAAUGCGUCUGUCAAAUAUAGAGCACCAAAGGUCUCUCACUGCUGCCAAUAAUGAAAAUGUGCGCUUAGCUGAGGAUAUUAGAAAAGGUCUUGCAGAGAAGGAAGAGUUGGAGAGGCGACAUCACCAAAUUUGGGAAGUCCAGAAGGAGCUCAAGGUUCAGUUGGAGCAGCAAUCCAGCAGCAUGAGCGAAAGCAUCCAGCAAAUGGCGUAUGACAAGGAGAGCCUUCAAAUUAAGGUUAGUGCCAAAGAUGAGGAAAUUUCUAGAUUAAAGGAGAAUAUUCAUAAGGUAGAGGAAAUUCUGCAGGAUACUGAAAAAGAGUGGCUUUUAGUUCUAGAUAAAGAAAAACAAGAUAAGAAGCUAAUUUUAGAACAAUUAAGUAAAGUUGAAGAUGAAAUUGCAUCUAAAGAUGUUAAGGUAAAUGCUUUGAAACAAGACCUGGAGAGUUUGCAAGCCAAACUGUCUGAAGCGUUCUCUGCUAUUGAAAGAGGUUCUAAUUUGUUGAGUGCUAAAGAGUUUGAGGCAUCCUCUUCUAGGUUACAACUAGAAAAGGUCCUUGCAUUAGUCAAGGAAAAGGAUAAUGAGAAAAAUAGUUUGCAACAAGCACUUAAGGCUGCGGAACAGGAGUUAAAACAACUCGUAGCAAAAAUUAGCGGUGCUGAUGCUAUAGUGUUGCCAGUCACUUCAAAUGAGGACAACUCACAUUUUCAUCGUAUGAUAAAACAAAUUGAAACGAGUCAUUGUUUCGAAGUAGAUGAUUUGAAAAAUAAGUACCAUGUUACAUUAUCAGAUAUUCAACAAAUGCAAAAGGCAAUUGAUAGCGAAAAGAUGAGUAAUUAUGAAAAAAGUAAGGAAAUCACAUUUUUACAGGACAGAAUUGAGACAUUACAAACUCAACUAAAGAGUGAGACAGAAAAAGGGACUUCUUUUACAUCUUUACAUAGUGAAAUUAAAACCAAAGAUGAGCUAAUCAGUUCCAUGACUAUUCAGAUAAGUCAACAAAAGGAAUUAGUUUUUGGGCUAAGUCAGCAGCUAAAAGAAAAGGAUGCAUCAAUUGCCCACGUCAUGGAGUCUGCCUUAAAUGAAAGAGUGAAACUCGGUGACGAAAACACCAGUCUAUCAAAAAAAGUAACCAGUUUACAACACGAUUACCAUGCAUGCACCAAGAAGUAUGAGGAGAUUUCUCUGCAGCUAGAAGAAUGUAAUUCAUCUUCCCUAAGGGAGAAUGAAAUCAAGGCUUCAGAAAAGCUUGAGCUUGUCAAAGAAAACAAUGACCUAAAAUGUGAGAUAGCAAGGAUAAACAAUGAAAAAUGUCUAGUCAAGAAAAAACUGCAAGCUUCGCUACUUAUUCGAAAGGAUCUAUUGAAAAAAAUUGAAGAGUUUGAAAAAAUUAAUGAUAGUAGAUCAGACAACGAAAGCAUUUCGGGUUUACAAGAAAAAGUAGUCGAGGCAACGACACAAGCAAAUUUUUAUGAAGAAAAGUUUUCCUUCCUUGAAAAGGAAUGCCUUGAUAAAGUAAAGGAGAUCCAUGAUCGCAAAAUGCAAACUGAAAAACUUGCUGAACAAUUACAAUUGGCAAUAGGCGAAAAAGAAAUUUGCUUGCAGCAACUCGGUGAGAAAAGUGUCAUUAUCCAACAGCUCCAGACAAGUUUUGCUGAGCAAAAAGAUAUUUUUGAACAAGAUAAAAAGAGAAUGAUGGAAAACCUGGAAGAGCUUCAGCAUAAAAUCAAGGAAUCCGAAGGUCAAUUCGAAGACGGAUCUUUCAGCAAUGGUAACACUGAUGAGUUAGAGAAGGAGCUCGCACAAGUAAAGCAAGAAAAGGCAAUACUGCAGAAAAAGACAAAGACUGCAUUACUGGCACGAAAAGAGACUUUGAAGAAAGCUGAAGAAAAUGAAAAUCAUUUAACCAAAGAACUAAUUGAACUAAAAGGUGACUACAAAGCUCUCUUGGAGCAACACGGCCAGCAGACAAACGAGCUCAUUGCAGUCCAGUUAAACUAUAACGACCAACAAGAAGAAAUGGUGACCUUAAGAAGGCUUGUUCAGGAGAAGGAUGACAUUUUGCAAGAGUUAAAGGUUUCUCUAGCAGAGAGUGAAAGGCGGUGCUAUUCUCCAUCAAAAUUGCGAACACAAUCGGAAAAUCCAGACGAGGCUUUUACUUUAAUGGAGGAAAAACCAAAAGAAAUAUUGGCCUCAGAUUUCCAAAAAGCUGAAAGCGAAUUGGAGAAACCCACCUCCUCAAAUCUCCAAAAUGUCAAAUUUGACUUUGCGAGCACUUCCUCUGUAGAAAAAGAUCAAACAGAAAUGAUUGAGAAAUACAGAGAAAAAUUUAAAAUGGUUGAGGUUAUGUUACAACAGGAAACACAAGAUAAUACUCUUUUGGAUCAAAUGUUAACCAUCCAGAAAGUAUUGGCAGAGACACAGCAAAGGCUUUGUGAGAAGGAAUACAGUCUGACCGAGAUGCUUAAUACAUCAAAGUUGGACUAUAUUGGAAACACCACAAACGUGGCUAUAAUUCGGCAAGACGAUGCAAAUGCCUUGAGAAUAAUUGAUGAACUGAGGACUGAGUUGGUUAAGCUUAAUACACAGCUAAACCAGUGUAAGCAUUUAAUGGAACUGAUAUUUCAGAAGAUACCUGAGAGGUCCAUCAAGCAAGAACAUGCAAAUGAAGAUGCGAUGAGCUUUGCUAAUAGUUCUGCUAUACAAAUUGAAGCAACUGUGAAACAUAAAAAUGAUGAGUCUGAGAUAACUGAAAAAGAUGAGCUGAUUGCUGCACUUCAAUUACAAUUACAGCAAGUUAGUGCAAACCAUGAAAGUUCCAUUAUAAGGAUGAAAAAAGAAAUUGACUGUCUUAAUAAAUCUCAAGAGAUUUGUGGCAAAGAUCAGGAUAACCAAAAUAAAAUAAUGCUUCUAACCAAGAAACUACAAGCAGCUUUAGUCUCAAGGAAAGAACUCAUGACGGAAAACGCAUCAUUAAAAGAGGAAUGUGGAACUCUUUCAGCAAAAAUCAGUGCUAAAGAAACUGAAUGUCUUGCUCUGGAGACCUCAUUUUCCGGACUAAAACAGCUAAAUUUGGACCUGGAAAUCAAUGUCAAACAGCUUUAUAUGGAUAAAUCCAAGCUUAGCUCUGAAGUUGAUCGUAUCCUUAAUGACAAUUGUAAUCUAUCAGAUGCAUGCGAAAGCUUGAAGCAAACUAUAGAAAAUAUCACCCAGCAGAAGCAAGCAUUUUCCUGCCAGCUUGAAUCUCUUAAAGACUCUCAGGCAGAGGAGCUGACUAAAUGGAAAUCAAGACACUCAGAACUUAAACAAGACUAUGAGACUCUUUUACAAGCAUAUGAGAACGUAAGCACCGAAAUGGACAAAAUGAGGCAUCAUUUGAAAGGAGCCAGAAGAGAUAGGCAGGAAGCCCUCAGAAAAAUUCACAGAUAUGAAACAGAGAUGGAAAGUCUGCAGGGCCAAGCAAGACAAAUGGAGGAUGAACAUGAAAGCCUUAAAGAGAAAAUGCAGACUUUUUCAGAGGACAAACUACGCACAAUUGUUGACCAGCAGCAAACAACUGAAAACAUUAACCAGGUUGAUAUCAAUGAAGCCCACAAGAUGGCAAUAUGUGAGCUUACAAACAAAAGUCAACACAUUGAGGCCAAAGAGUUGCAACAGAAGUCGUUAUCGGAGGCCUGCAAAGAUGAGACGACAAAUAUGCAGGUUGAAAAUGGAGAACUGACUGAAAAUCUUCAAGCGAGUCAUUCAUCAGAAGAAAUGUGCAUUGAAUCAAAAUCUUAUAUAAACAGCAUGCAGCUUAAAGAAGCACUAAAUUUGAAUAAUUCACUGACCGCCCAGAUUGAAGCACAGAAGAGCGAAUUUAGCGCUCAAAUUGAAAGCAACAAUAUUUUGAAGGAGGUAAAUGCAAAUCUUUCGGAAAGAAUUGACACGAUGCAGAGUGGUUAUGAAUUGCAGUUGCGAAUGAAAGACGAUGCCAUUAACGAGCUCAAAGACAUUCUGAAUAAGCACAGCCAAGAAGUGAUAAGUCUCAACGAGAAAGUUAAAAUUUUAGAAGAUGAUAAGUGUCUGCUGCAAGAAGAGCUGGAAAACGUCCAAGGGAUUUCAGACAAAGUGAAAAAUGAAAAUGAAUACUUGGAACGUGUAAUCCUUGAAAACUCCCAAACUAUUGAUGAGCUUUCAGAAUCGAUCAGUAAUUUGCAAGCCCAAAACAGACAGCUCUCUACUCGCCUUGAAACUACCAAGGAGAUAAAUAACACAAUAUCCCAAGAAAAAGAGGAUCAGCAACUUAAAUUAGUCCGAGACUUUGAGGCAAAGCUUAAGUAUAUGCAGCGAGGCAAGGAGGGCUCCAAGAAUAACUAUAAAGAACUCCAAGAGCUUCUAAAAGAAAAGCAUCAAGAAAUAAAUCAUUUGCAACAAAACUGCAUUAAAUACCAAGAGCGCAUUUUGAAUUUAGAGAGCUCAUUGAAAACUUCAGAGUUCAGUUGCGAAAACUUGAAAAAAGAUUUAAGUCAGUACUCUGACAAGAUCUCUGUUGCCGAAGAGAAAUACAAACAAGUCGAAGCCAAUUUGAUCACAUAUGAGACUCGCAUCCAAGAAGCUACUGAGAGAAUUGAGGAACUUGAGUCUGAAAGAGACCACUUGAAGCUAAGUGCCGCAAAUAUUAAGUCUGAGAAUGCGCUCAAAGAGGAAUCUAAAUUAAAGGAAGCUACAGUGGAGAAACAAUUCAACUCACUCGAAGACAACGAAGCUAUUUUGCUAAAAGAGAUUGACGAGCUAACGAAUUUGAAUUAUGACGAGAUUCAAAAAGUUACUGAACUAAAGCAACAAGUAAACUCCCAAAAUUUUGAGCUAAAUACGCUAAAGCAAGCGCUUGAGAUUAAUGAAGCUAAAUUGUCUGCUUUAUCAUCCACUCCUCAAGGGGAAAAUUCAGCAAAACUUUGGAAUGAUUUAUAUCAAAAGGCCUUGCAGGAGAAAGAUAAACAUCUAAUGGAACAAGGUUUUGCAAUAAAAAAAUUAAUGGACAAUAUGCUAAUGAAUGAAAAAGAGGUAACUGAACUCAGAACAACUAAGUCGAGACUGGAAAGGACACUAAACAGAAAUUCGAAUGCUUUUGCUGCUCAUCAGAAGCAACUCUUUGUUUUGAGUGCAAGCAACACAGAACUGUCCGAGACAGUAAAACGUCUGACUGUUCAGGUAAACAAACUCAGUGCUCAAGUCAAAAUAGUGGAAAAGGAUAAAAACACUCAUGAAAUACAGAUAGCUGACAAGGAAGAUAAGAUUUCCCAAUUGAAUCAUCGUCUCAACCUGGCAGAAAAGAUAAAUGCAGACCUAGAUGCUGAGUUUCUUCUUUUGCAAUCUCAGAAUGACAAGGUGCAGGCUGAAUUUGAAAACCAAAAGGGAAUUUCCCUUCAAUUGAAAACGCUUCUACAAAAUAAAGAUGCUGAGAUCUCCUCUCUUUUGUCCUGCAGUGGAGGCCAAAUGUCAGGAUAUCUUGAGCAACUUCAGAUUAAUUGUCAUUUCCAAGAAACCGUGUAUGAGGACAGGUUAAUAUCGUUACAAUACCAAAGGGAAAUGGCUGCUAAAGAGUCCCGAGAGCUUGAGGCCAAGGUCAGGAAUCUGCAAAAUAGUUUGAACAUGUCAGUCCAGGAAAAGGAGCAAGUAGCAGCAAGGAUGGAAAUCGCCAAGAACUCGAUGGUGUCUUUACAGAUUGAAAAAGAGCAACUAAUGUCAGAAUACAGAAUACUUAAGGAAAAAAGUAAUUUAGAGCUUAAACCUAAAGAGGCCUUACCUGAUAAUGAAGGUGAGGCAACCAGAGGUCCUACACAUGAUAUAAGUAAACUAUUACAUCAGAUGGAUGAUCUAAAUUCAGAGAACGCUAUGCUCAGGGCCCAACUUGUGCGUUACAGAGAGGAUUUGACUCAAGUUUUAUCCCUAAAAGACAAUCAGUCAAAGGUUUUGCUAAAAAAGCAGGAGGACGUUAUAAAAAAUCUUGAAAACCAGAAGACUACAGCCAUUAACCAACACAUAGAGGCUCUGUCAGAGCUCCAAAAGGAAUUUGAGAUUAACCGUUGUUUGAAAGAAGAUAUUUCCAAGCUUACAGAGCAGAUUGCGGUACUGCAAGUUGAAAUAGUGAGUCAGAAUGCUACAAAUGAGGGCAAAGUGAUUGCUGAUCUGCAACAAGCUGUGGCAGCUAAAUCAACUGAAUGUAGUGAUCUUCAGCAAGAACUUCUUUCACAGCAAACCCAAAUCGACGACUUAAAGAAACAAAUGGAGCUGAUUGAAACCGAAACUGAGAAAAAACUAGCUAGCGACGAUGAUAAAUACAAAACUGAACUGGCUGCCUAUGAACACGAGGUGGAUCUAAUGAGAGCCGAUCGGCAAAGCAUUGAACAAAGUGUGACGGAGCUCACAAAAGAUCUACGUGACAGGGAGCAACAAUUGCUGGAGACCCAAGGGCAAGAUAAAGACAACAAAGCUCAAAAUGAGUCCCUCUGCAAAGCUAUGGUGGCCUUGCAGAAUGACCGUGAUCAGCUCAUUGAAGACUUCAAGAUCUUGCGAAACAGAGGUGAUGAAGAACUCAGAGUGACUCGGGCUUCUCUGAACAAAAUUGAGCGCAGUUUUCAGAAUGCCUCAUCAGAUGUGGCCAUGUUAACCAAAGAACGGGAGAUCCUUGUGUGUGAAUUAAGAGCUUUGGAGAGCAAAGAUACCCAUAUGGAGCUAAAGAAGUUGCUGGUUGAACUAGCAAAAGCCUUGACAGAAAAAGAAAAACAGCUGAAAAAUGCAGAGAUGGAAAACUGCACAUACAGCAAACAGCUGUCUGCUUUCUCAAAAUCCAUGGCCAGCCUCCAAAAUGAUCGUGACAGGCUGGCCGAUGAGUUGGAAGGGGUCACGAGAGUGGUUGAGUCCAGGCAAGGGUCAGGCCUAAACACUGUCAGGACCAUGAGUGAGAAAAAUACAAAAGGAAGUGCUUUCCAGAUUGAAAAACAUGGGGUGAUGAAUGAGUUGCAGCCUCGACUGAUACCCGAGAAAGAUGCCGGUAGUUUGCCAAAAGAAACGGCUAUUCAAAGAUCUGAAACAAACCUGCAACCAUUCAAGGAAACAGUACAUCUGUUGAGCCAGAGUGAAAUGGAGGGAGCAGUGAGUCGACUGGAAGCAGAGCGGAUGCAACUUAAUAGAGAGCUGCAGCGCUGUUUGUGUGACAUCCAGCAGCGAGACCAGUACUUUCAGCAGCUUAAUUUAAAGCUUCAGCAGGCGAUUGAAGAAAAGGCCGCUGUGGCAACCCAGCUGAGUGCCGUGUCGCAAACCCUGAGGGACACACAAAAUCGAUGCCAUUGGCUGGAAAGCCAAAGCCAGGCCCAGGGGUCAGUAACUGCCGAGGUGGCUCCCGGAGCCCCUCAGGAGAGACACAGCACAAAUGUUGCACAAACAGUUGAAGUCCACCAGCUGCGAGAAAGGUUACUUGAAUUAGAGCAGAAUCUGGCAGAAGAACAGCAGAGGAGGGAAACGGCUGAAGCGGCAUUUCAUCUUGCUGAGGCAAGCACAAAGAGCAUCAGUUCAAGUCUGUCACAAGAUAUUCAGAGAGACUUCAGCAGCAUCGAGAUGGAAACUGACGCUGAGUGGGAAGCUAUGAGCCUCAACCCGAACCAGCCUCUGAUAACACGGAAGGUGAAAGGUGGGAUGGUGGCAUGCAGACGUUGGUUCAGAGGAAGAAGCCUGUACUUUUCUCGGCUGCUCACGACCCGCUCACGCUCUCGUUACUUAUUCCUGGCCUACAUGGUUACAAUCCAUGUGCUUUUCCUAAUGUGCCUUACAGGUGCCUUUUAAAGGUUGGGCAUUGUUCCAAUGGUAGUAAUAAACAGCUGAGUAGCAAAUUACACACUAAUUCUACAUGCUUUAUGAAAACUGUCAGAGCUAAUUGACUAGGAUGUUCAUUCUUGAAGUGUCAAUUGUCUAAGAAUGGUAAUAGUUGCACAGGUUGACAGUUGUAAAUCACUUGUCAAAUAUGAUAUGCCACAAAUAGCCUUAAAAUGUUGAUAAAAAUCAAAAUAGCCGCAUCUAUAACCCCAAGCAAAAAGUAUGGAAUCACCAGUCUCAGACGAGCACUCACUCAAACAUUUUAUCAUGUAGAACAAACACAGAUAAAAGGCUUGAAAAAAAUGAAUUAGUUCAAAAUUGCAACUCUUUAGCAUACACUAAAAGAAAUGAAUAAAAAACAUUGUGGUGGUCAAUAGGGGUGUAACGGUACACAAAAAUCUCGGUUUGGUACGUACCUCGGUUUUGAGCUCACGGUUCGGUUCAUUUUUGGUACAGUAAGAAAACAAAAUGCAAAAUAUAAAUGUGCUAGUUGUUUAUUACACACCUUUGUGCUUUCAACAAUAGGAACAUUAGCCUAUACAAAGCUAGAAUUCUGCUCAAAAAGUAGCGGGUAUUCAAAUAUAAUCCAACAACAAUUUGCCUUUCAGACCCUGCGUAUUGGUCAGAUUUCUUUCUGAAAGAAAGAAGAAAAAAUAAGCCCUGUGCUAAAGAGAAAAGCAAUCCCAAUGGUAAAGAUUUUAACAUGUAUUUUACAAAUGAAAUGCCUCAAUGAAUCAUUUUUUUUUCUUAUGAACGAUUUUCAAAAGCUUUAUUGGUGGAUUUUCUCAAGUUAAAGCGCCACACAGAAAUUAUUAAAUUUAAUUGUCUAAGCAGGAUCUGUGUAUUAUAUUAUUUAAUUACAGGUGUUUUAGCUCAUUUCAAUUUAUUUUAUUUAAAUGGGCUAUUAUUUAUUUUAUUAUGUGUUUAUAUUUUACAAAUGUGAUGUAGUAUUCAUUUAUAUUGUAUAUUUUAUGUUGUAUAACUUUAGUUUCUAUGUGAAUAUUAGUUUCUACUUGUUUUGUUGUGGUAGGAGGAUUUUGUAUCGAACACGGGGCCGUUUUGGUUAUUAUUUUAGCAGAGAAGACAGCAGUAAAUCAACAAAGACAACUGUGCCCCCAUCUACCACUCAAGAGAUCUGAUGGACUUAAAAAGUGGGUUACAAUUGCAUAUUAGUUUGAAAAUCGACCGGAUCCACCGUAUUUUUACAUGAGUGACUUCUGGUCUGCCCGAGCCUAGCUACCGGUACUAGUAUCGACGCAGGAGGGUCGCGUCUCGCGUCAACUAAUAAACUCUGCCGUUCUUUUCGCGUGCGUCGUGUUGAGCCGCUUCUGGGACCACUGGUGUGCAUUGGCUGAUUGACUUUAACACCCGCGUUUCACUGCGUUCUCGCGGCGGCCACGUUGUCGCGCUGUUGACGUUUCUGGGUCACUGUACUACCCUGUUGGUCCUCAUUAUAGUGAGAAGACGAGUACAUAUAAUCUACACAAAGAAACUGUAACCCGAUCGACUCGGAAAAUAAGGGUUACAUUACGUCAGAAACUCGUUCGGUACGGGUCCGUUCCGAACUGUACACCACGUACCAAAACUGUUCAAUACAAAUACAUGUACCGUUUCACCCUUAGUGGUCAGUAAAUGUUACUUUUAUAGAGCAAGUGCAGGGAAAUAUAUAUGGGAACAUGAGAAAAAGAAAAAAAAUCAAAACUGGAAUGCUGCAACUUUGGUUUGGUGCUGUUCCAGUGAGAAUUACAAAGAUGACUGAGUAUUCUUCAUCAGUUUGGUGCCAAUUCUCAUUGAUUGCAGUUGCCAGAUCAUCCUUGCAGGUCGGCGCCUUGCUGUGGACCUUUUAUUUCAAUUUCCACCACAGCGUUUCAAUAGGGUUGAAAUCUGGGCUAUUUGCAGGCCAUGACAUUGACUGGAUAAGUCUUUCUCAAAGGAAUGGUUUAACAGUUUUAGCGCUGUGUCAUGAUGCAUUGUCAUCUUGGAAAAAGACAAACAUAUUUUCAAUUGAAGGGAUCAGAAAGCUGUCUAAAAUUUCAAUAUAAAUUUGUGCAUUUAUUGAAGAUUUAACCAUAGUGCCGUUGCCUGACAUGCAGCCCUAUAUCAUCAAGGACUGAGGGAAUUUUGAUAUUUUGAUGUUUUCUUCACGCAGUCAUCUUUGUAAAUCUCACUGGAACAGCACCAAACAAAAGUUGCAGUAUCAUCACCUUGUCCAGUGCAGAUUCUUGACCCUUGACAAGGUUAUUCAUUUCUUUUAGUGAAUGCUAAAGAGUUGCACUUUUGAACUAAUUCAUUAUUUUUUUCCAACUUUGUAUCCGAGUUUGUUCUACAUGAUAAAAUGUCUGAGUGCUCGUCCGAGGCUGGUGAUUCCAUACUUUUUUCUAGGGGUUGUAGAUUAAAAUUUGGGAAUAGGCAAGCUUGAAACAAUAUCUGGCCCGUCACUGUAAUAAUCAUCACCUUUCACGUUAAAUCUCCUUUCCCUUCAUUCUUAUUGCUGUGGCAACCUCAAUACGUUCACUCACAUGUGGUUGCUUGACGUAUUAUCAAAUUACAAAUGUCGGUACAGUUUACCGUGCUCUUCUAAAUACGUUGCACAUACAGUAAUCCGAAUGCUGAGUAAAACUAUGCACUGUAACUUCUCAUCUCACUGACAGAAGCACUAAAUUGUAACAGUGAGUUCAAAAGGAUGUUUCCAUGUUACUUGUUUUUUUAGCAUUAUUUCAAACAUCUCUGUUAAAGAAAAUGCAAAAAUGUUUUUUUGAUUUAUUCAAAUCCAGGCCCGUUAUAUUGUUUCAUCUGUACUGAUGGGUGUAAGCCUGAUCUUACUAGACAAUAUUUUCUUGUUAGAAUAUGAUUGAGAAAACUUGUUUUUUUAGUGUUGUGAAAUUGCACCUUUGCAACCUGUUAAUGUCACACUGGCCUCAUGCUCUGUAUAUAAAGAUGUGAUGGGCAAAUAGAAUCUACUGUAUUUAUGAGACUACUGAAAAAUGUGCAGAUAAUUCAAGGUUUUCUUUGUGCAAUACAUUGUUUCGUUGAACUAUUUUCGGAUGAAAAUAUCUAAAGAUAUUAAUAAAGCCAGAUGAUUUUCUUUAA